GGAACACCUGUAUAAAAUUCUCUACAGUGUUAUAACAAGUGGUUGGAAUGAUUUGCCCUUUGUAACAAAAUGAAGGCUUUCACUGCAGUGCUGCUUCUGAACCUUUGCAUCACGCUGCCGUAUGCUUUCGCUCUGAGUCCCACAGAAUGUAAUGCAGUUGAGGCUGUGGCUGGGAAAGCCCUAGACCUGGUCAAUAAAGGACGACGGGAUGGCUACCUUUUCCAGUUGCUGCGAGUCGCUGAUGCCCACGUGGACAAAGGGGAAUCUUCAACUGUCUAUUAUUUAGUUUUAGACGUGAUAGAAUCUGAUUGUUCGGUCUUAUCCAGGAAAUUUUGGGAUGACUGUGAGCCAGAUUUUUCUAGACAUCCAACUCACACUGUGAUUGGGAAAUGUAAGGUAAUAGCAACAACACGGUUGAAUGAAUCUCAGUAUCCACGAGUAGAUCACUUUAACUGCACCACAAGUUCUGUCUCUUCAGCACUGACCAAUACCAAAGACAGUCCUGUACUCAUUGAUUACUUUGAAGAUACUGAGCACUACAGAAAACAAGCUGAAAAGGCACUUGAGAAGUACAAAGAGGAGAAUGGUGACUUUGCCUCAUUCAAAGUGGACCAAGUGGAGAGAGUGUCAAGAGUGAGAGGAGAGGAAAGAACCAAUUACUACUUUGAUUUCUCUGUGAGGAAUUGCUCUGCUUACCACUUUCCCAGGCACUCCAAAGUUUUUGGAUUCUGCAAAGCAUAUUUUUCCUAUGAUCCACAAGCCUCUGACUUGGAAAAUCCAAAUUAUAUCAAUGUAAACUGUGAAGUCUUUAACAUUGAGGAACAUAGAAACAUGAGCGGUGUCCAUCCCCUCUUUGGCCAUCACAACCACUCUUGGCAUGAGCAUUCUCAUGAAAGGACACCUCCAUUUAGGCCCAAGGGAUCCAGAGACCAUCAUUCCCACAAGACACAUAAAUUUGAAUGCCCACCUUCUGGAGAAGAUGAAAGGCCACCAUCUCAAAUAGGAUCUACCUCACCAUCGCUCUCUUCAAGGUCAAGAUGUCAUCCCCACCAUCUUGACACCGAUGGGAUCCAUGGACCACCUCAUAACCACAGUUCGAGUGAGCACCAUCCCCACAAACACCAUCCCCAUGGACACCGUCCUCAUGGACACCACCGCCAUGGGCACCACCCCCACAGUCAGGAGGCCCCUGGUCAACACUCCCGUGAACACCAUCCUCACGGACACCAUCCUCAUGGGCACCCUCCUCACAGGAACCAUUCUCCUGGGCACCAUCCUCACAGACACCAUCCCCCUGGUCAUGGUUUCCAUGACUUUGGACCCUGUGACCCACCACCCCAUAGGCAAGGUCACCAUCACCGCCCUCAUCAUCAUGGCCCACCACCAAGGAAUUCAGAGGAAAGAGAUCCAAGAGGUCCAGGUAGAGGAAAGUUUCCCUUCCCAAGGGGCCCUUUUGGAACUGUUCACCAACUCCCACCACUGAAGACAGGAGAAGUUCUUCCUCCUCCUGAAGCUAACUUUCCCAUCUUCUCAUUGCCACAUCACAAACAUUCAAAGCCAGAGCUUCAGCCCUUUCCUCAGUCACCCUCUGAGUCAUGUCCAGGGAAGCAUAAAGAUGACUUUCCCCGAGUCUCCAAGUUUUUUUGAGAUUCAAAAUACAUCUAAUUUUCUUCCUAAAGGAAACAGAAUUACCCUUUGAAUUAAAGCUGGAAAUAAAAUAUGACCAGUAAAAUGAAA